AUGGUGACAUACAGUAUCCUUUGCAAGCCAGAUUCCGAGUUCUACAUUCUGUAUUACCUGACUGGUACCAGCUUACAGGAUAUCGCUGACAGGCUUGAAAUGAUAUUAGAGCGGGAGGGGGAAGAUCCAACUGUGGUGGUCGUAAUUUUGAAACACAAGGAACAAAAGUGGCAUCGAGUUGCUAUCAGUGUGCAGAAGAAGAAGAUCACUAUGAUUUUUGACUGCAAAAAAACUGUGACCAAGCCCCUGCCCCGCAGUAACAAGCCCAUCAUUGACACCAAGGGAAUUGUGGUGUUCGGAACUAGGAUUUUAGAUGAAGAAGUGUUUGAGGGUGAUAUCCAACAGCUGCUGAUUUCCUCGGACCCCCGGGCUGCCUAUGACUAUUGCCAGCACUACAGCCCAGACUGCGGCACCCCGCUCCCGGAUUACCCCCAGAGUCAGGAACCCAGUGCCAAGGAGUAUAAAGGGAAAACCAAUGGGUGGAAGCAGGCGAAGCCGAAAGCUGAGGCUGCCCAGAGAAAGGCGCCCUUGCCGAAGCCUGCCUCCGUCAAGCUGGCCACAGCCGCCACCCGGAACUCUGCCGUCAAGUUCAGUGUCACUGGCACCACCAAGGCUGGCACCACCAAGGCUGCCACCACCAAGGCUGGCACCAUCAAGGCUGGCAUCACAAGAAUCCCUCAGAAGAGCCGGCUAAAUGGUUUCCAACAGGAUCCAACAGACCCCACUUUCUAUGAGGAGAUCUCCGUUGAGACCAUCCCAGUCGGACAGGACUACAGUGAGGUGGCAGUCACAGAAGAGCUCCCGCAAAUCGCUGAGGCUGAGGUGACCAAGCUGGAGCAGGCAGCUACCACCGUGCACCCGGUUACAGGCGAUGUGGUGUACAAGGAGUAUUUCACUGGGGAAGAUCUUGGUCCCGGUGAUCCGGGCUACGAUUAUGACUACGUUUACAAAGAUUACUACGAGGAGCCCUUGCCCACAGAGAUUGGUCCAGGACUGCCUGUUGAGAGCGAGGUAUUCACAGAAGGAAUGGCCCUGAGUGGAAUAAAGGGUGAGAAAGGGGAGCCAGCAGUAGUCGAGCCAGGGAUGCUGGUGGAAGGUCCUCCUGGUCCAGAAGGCCCUGCGGGUCAGCCUGGCCCCCCAGGUCCAGCAGGACCUCCCGGACCCAUGGGUGAACCUGGCGAGAGGGGUCGUAAGGGUCGGCAUGGGCUACCUGGUGCUGACGGGUUACCUGGCCCUCCUGGUUCAUCACUUAUGCUGCCAAACAUUCCUGGGGGAGUUUGA